CACCAAUUUUUCCCCCCUUUUACUAGAUUGGUGAUAAUAAAGCAGUAUUAUUUUUCCACACAUAAAAGUACUGUUUGUAAUUAAUCAAAAUGAUCAAUCUGCGUUAAUAAUCAUUUUAUUAAUAAAUAAAAUAUCGUUGUGCUUGUUGUGUGUAACAAAUGAUUUACGGGUAUAUGAAAUAUUAAAUUAAUAUAAUAGCAAUAUCAAAUAUAUCGUUCGGCCUCUUUACUUGGCUAGAUUAUUCCAUUGUAAUUAUAUUGUCCUUUGAAUCAUUCGAAUAGCGUACGACAGCCAUUUAGAUUUCGAUUAAGAGAGACUAUUGUUGAUCGUGCUUAGUUGACAAUAUGCUAAUGCGAUUUGAAAUCAACAUCGUAUAACCUCUUCAAUACUGUAAACGUUUUCGUAUAACAUAUCACUUAUUAUUUUCUAUUACUUUUAUUUCUGAUUAUGGAAGGUCGUUAUGAUAAAUUAACUUGGUUGGAGGUUAGAGAUUUGUUUAGAACAUGGAGAGAGAACUCAGAACGACAAAGUAGAGAUGUAGUCAAUUUAUGGGAAAACGUUUUGGCAGGAAAGGUCAAUCAACUUGGUAACGAAAAAUAUUUAGUAUUGGAACAAGUUUGCGUGGCUGCCUUAGACUGCUAUCGUUUAUCAUUAGCAGAUUACUGUAUUAAAAUAUUAAUGAUAGAAUUUCCUGGUAGUUUACGAGUUCAUAAAUAUCAUGCUAUGCACUUGGAAGCAUUGGAAAUGUAUGACGAGGCAAUAGAAGUAUUAGAUUCUAUUAUAAAAAAGGAUGAAACUAAUGCUGCACCAAGAAAACGUCGUGUAGCUUUAUUGAAAGCUAAAGGAAAAAUAUCAGAAGCAAUCAAAGAACUUACGGAAUAUUUAAAAAAAUUCAUGAGCGAUCAAGAAGCAUGGCAUGAACUAUGUGAUUUGUAUUUACAAGAACAUGAAUAUUCUAAAGCAGCUUUUUGCAUGGAAGAAUUAAUAUUACAUAAUCCGCACAGCCAUUUAAUUUAUCAAAGAUAUGCAGAAAUAAAAUAUUCUCAGGGAGGUUUUGAUAAUAUGGAAUUGGCGAAAGCUUAUUUCUGUCAAGCAGCCAAAUUAAAUCCAAAUAAUAUUAGAGCACUUUAUGGCCUAUUAUUAGCAACAAACAGUAUUGCAACAUCAUCCAAAUGUCCAGCAUCUAAGAAAAAAGAUGCAAUAAAAUUAAGUGAAUGGGCUGCCAAUCAAAUUGAAAAACAAUAUUCAAGUAAAGUCUCUGAAGAAGAAGUUAAAAAUAUAGAAGGAUUACUAGGACAAUUGCAAGUUGAAGCUUAGAUAUUGAAAUGCAUUUAGUCAAUGUUCAUAUUCAAAUCAAGUUAGGAUUUUGUAAAUUUGUUUGAAUGUUGUAAUAUAUGUAAAUGCAUCAUCUAUAAGAAUACUGUUUUCAGAGACAGUCAGAAUUAUAACGAAUAACUGUGCACAUGAACAUUCACAAAACAUUUUUGAUCAUAUCUUAUAACGUUCACUAAUUUUAUAUAUAUAUAUAUAUAUAUAAUUCACAUAUAUAUAUGUAUAUAUAAAGUAUCAUAGUUUUAAAUAAUUUAUACUUUUACAGGAUUCACAUUAAUAUAUGAUUCAUAUUAUUGUACUUUGAUAAGUAUAUCUGAAAAAUCAAAUUCAAAUCUAAAAUUAUAGAUACUGAAAGAAAGUAAGCAUUUCAUAUAGCAUUUUGUCUUGCACUAAACAUAAUUAUUGUCUUAUAUUAUAUUAUAAUUUAAAAAAAAAAAAUAUAUAUAUAUAUAUACAUUUAAUUUCCAUUAAAGUGCACAGAAGUGAUUCACUUCUAGUAUUCUUUAACGUAGUCAUCAAUCUCUAUUUAUUUCGCGAGAACGUUAAUAAAAAAAGAAAGAAAAAAAAAAAUUGUGAAAUAUAAUAUAAUGUUGAAAGAGAAUAGCUUAAAAAUGCGUAAUUGAUAUGUUGAUAGGCAAAGAAAAUCUGUUGGAUUUAAUGUUGUCAUCCACGUUGCUAUAAGAAUAUUAAUGAUUGAUAAACUAUCAUCUAUCUAUUCAUAAGAUUGUUCAUUAAUAUUCUUGAAAAAUAAUUUGUGCAACAAGAGUGUAGUUGUAUGGUUGUGGAGAUUUUAAAUAAAUAUAUACUUUAAUACGAGUAAAAAGAAAAAAAAUAAAAAAACAAUACAUUAACAA